CCCGGCAGCGCCGCGCCGGAAUGCGCCUCCGUCGCUCUCCGGUGACUCGCAGCUCCGCGUCCCGCUCUCCUCCUCCUCCUCCUGCUCCUCCUCCGGUCGGCCUCUGAUGUCCCCGCUCCGUCCCCCCUCCCGGGCCCCGUGCGCAGAGCGAUGUGGGACGCAGUGAGCCGCCGCUGAGCGCCAUGGCCUGCGUGGCGGCCGAGCAGCGGCGCUCCUUCUCGCUGCUCUUCUACCGGGCGGUGCGGGACCUGAAGCCGGUGUGGAUGCUGGAGGACAUGCGCACCAUGGAGGUGUUUUACUGGGAGGACGACGCCGGGAUGCGGAUCUACAGCCCGUCCGAGGCGCUCCUGUACGCCAUCGUGCACGACCACCAGCCGUACGCGCAGUUCCUGCUGAGCCGCUUCACCGGCGAGGCGCUGGCCAAGCCCGGGGAGCGCUUCUGCUGCUGCCCGGCCUCCGCGCCGCACCUGGCCAUGGCGGUGCGCUACGACCGGCGCCACAUCCUGGGCCUGAUCCUGCAGGAGUCGCACCGGGCGGCCGGCGGGCCCCCCCCGGCCCGGGCCGCCUGCUUCCACGCGGAGGACGGCCGCACGCCGCUGCACCUGGCCUGCGAGCUGUGCCGGCCCGAGGCGGUGGUCAUGCUGCUGGGGAACGGCGCGUCCCCGCUGGCGGAGGACCGCGACGGCCUGACGCCGCUGGACGUGAUGCUGGAGAAGCUCCGGGACUGCAAGGCGGCGGAGCGCGCGGAGCGCCGCCAGUGCCUGGACCACCUGCUCAUGUUCGGGCCCCGGCUGGGCUGGAAGAUGAAGGCGGCGCUGCGCGCGGAGCCGGAGCGCUGGAGCCCGCUGCUGGGGGAGGACACGUACCGGUACCUGUCCGGGAGCAGCCCCGCGCCGCUGCUGCUCAGCGCCAUGCAGACCAUCCUGCAGCAGCUGCAGCCCUCCCGCUUCCCGGACAGCCUGCACGACCUGCCCAUCCCGCCCAGCCUCAAGCCGCCCGGGCUGCCCGGCCGCCAGAGGCUGCCGUGACGGCGCCGGGGCCCGGGGCCCCACCGGGACCCCCACCGGGGCCCGGGGCCCCUCCGGGACCCGCACCGGGGAGCUGGAGGCCCUCCAGGACCCCCCGCUGAGGAGCUGCUGGUCCUCCAGUCCUGCAGCACCACGUCCAGCUGCAUGCCCUGUGGAACACCUGCAUGAUGCAAGUGUGUGUGUGUGUGUGUGUGUGUGUGUGUGUGUGUGUGUGUGUGUGUGUGUGUGUGUGUGUGUGUGUGAGAGAGAGCGAGAGAGCGUGUGUGUGUGUGAUGAGCCCCUCGAGGCUAUAAACUGGUAACACUUUAUUAUAAAGCUGAACAAGUAAAGAAGUCAUUGGCCCUGAUCGCUCUGGUUGAAUUCGGGGAGCAAACAGCCAUACAGACUUCACUAAAGGAGCUCCAGGUUUAUUCGUCUGACUUGUUCUGAAGUGUUUCCUCUGAACCUGCUGCUUCACACCAGACGAGCUGCAUUUCUGCUGAUUCUUAUUUAUUUGGGUUUAUUUAACAGCAGUGAUGAAGACGUGAUCUUAUAGAUCGGCCGGGGGAUUGCAAACCCCUCUGGACAACCGGUUCUUUU